UUAAAAUUUGCAAUCUUCAAACAUAGAGAAUACUCAAAACUUUUGAGACAAAGAGAAUGCUCUCUCUACAGUUCUUCCCUCCAUUACCUUCCCUCCAAAACCCUAAUCCCGACCACACCCACUUCUCCAUUCCCAUCAAAAACCCCAAUUUCACAUCCCUCAAUCUCCGCCCACUUUCCAAAACCCCCAAUUCCAAGCUCUCAAUCAAAACCCACUUCAGAAAACUCGUCUGCAAUGCGUUGAAGGAUUCCGGUAAAGAAAAGAAGGUGUCUUUGGACAGUGGCGGCGGCGGAGACGGCGGAGAAGGCGGUGGCGGUGACGGUGGUGAUGAUGAGCAAGGGGAGAAGAAAAGUGGGCCCCUGCCGGAAUGGUUGAAUAUAACAACUGAUGAUGCCAAGACGGUGUUUGCGGCAAUUGCAGUAUCGCUUGCGUUUCGGUCUUUCAUAGCUGAGCCGAGGUUUAUUCCUUCCUUGUCAAUGUAUCCUACUUUGGAUGUUGGGGAUAGAAUUGUAGCUGAAAAGGUUUCAUAUUACUUCAGAAAGCCAUGUGCCAAUGAUAUAGUUAUCUUUAAAAGUCCACCGGUCCUUCAGGAAGUAGGAUAUACUGACCUUGACGUCUUCAUUAAACGAAUAGUGGCGAAGGAAGGUGAUACCGUAGAGGUCCGCAAUGGGAAGCUCAUAGUUAAUGGGGUGGAGAGAAAUGAAAAAUUCAUCCUUGAACCACCUUCUUAUAAUAUGACGCCUAUUACUGUGCCAGAGAACUCUGUUUUUGUGAUGGGUGACAAUAGAAAUAACAGCUAUGAUUCACACGUAUGGGGUCCACUGCCAGCCAAGAACAUUUUAGGCCGAUCUAUCUUUCGGUACUGGCCCCUGAAAAGGAUUGGCGCCACGGUUCUUGAGACUGGUUGUGCUGUUGACAAGCAAGAGAGCGUUCCAGCGUCUCAACCAAAGGAAGGUGGAUCAUUGAAUUGAAACUUAAUGAAAAGGAAUAGAGAUUGUGCUUGACCCAUUCUUUCUUUCGAAAUUUGUGUAAUAUAUCUCUCAGGGGCUAAUUUUUUCGAAGGCCCUAACUAUUGUUGUACAUUGCAAAUCUGACCCUCAGAUUGAGCAACUUAUUUUACACCUCAAAAUUUGCUCUUUACUGUG